AUGGAAGCUUGCUGUCAGUUUGAUCCAAAGUGGGGUCAAGUGGAAGAAAAUAUGCAAACAGCCUCAAAGUUGCUCGAAACAUAUAAGAAGGGAGACAUGGAUAUUUUGCUAUUACCCGAAAUGGCUUUUACAGGCUAUGUGUUUAAGAGUUUGCAAGAGAUUUCACCAUUUCUUGAGGAUUGUGAAACCGGGCCAAGUGUGAUGUGGGCCAAAAAGCAAGCCAUGCGACUGGAAUGUUAUGUCAUUGUAGGAUACCCUCAAAAGACAGAUCAAUGCAACUACAAUAGCAUCUGCUGUGUGGACCCAAAGGGACGACUGUUACAUACCUAUCAAAAGGCAUUUUUAUAUGAGACAGAUGAGAAUUGGGCAGAGGAAGGGCCAGGAUUUGUAUCCACUCACAUUGAAGGCCUAGGCAAGGUUGGGUUUGGUAUUUGCAUGGACAUAAACCCAUACAAAUUUAAAUCGGAUUUUUAUGCCUGCGAAUUUGCAAAUUACCAUGUGCAAGAAAAGACAGACAUUAUACUAUGCAGCAUGGCUUGGCUCAAGAGCAGAGAUGAUCCAGUGAGUAGCACCGUUCGAUAUUGGGCUACGCGAUUGCUACCGUUGUAUCAUAAAGCAGAGCCUGGCAAACAUACCAUUUUUGUAGCUUGUAACCGUAUUGGAUCCGAGCGAGGAAGCGAAUUCGCUGGUGCAAGCUGCGUAUUAGAUAUCACAGAUGAACAUAUCACUAUUCUCGAUAAUUUAAAACGGAACACGGGUGUCUUGUUGGUAGAAGCUUAA